CUCCAAUUCCUUCCUCCAUCGCUUCUACACACCACAUCACAUCAUCGCCUCUGUCACCUCUGUCUAGCCUCAUCUGCCAUGGAAUACCCCAUCGGGCCCUGCGCACCAAUCGCCCAGAACAUCUACCUCUACACACCACCCACGCCACCAACAGCGUUACUAAUCCUCUGCACAUGGCUCGGCGGUGCCUCGCCCCGGCGAAUUGCCAAGUACACGGCUGGCUAUGCGAAGUUGUUUCCUACCGCGGUGAUUGUACUGAUCACGACGACGAUUGCGGAGAUUACGAUGAAGAGUUUUGCCGCUGUAAAGGAAAGACUGGAGCCAGCAAGGGGAGUUAUCAGUCAAUUCUUUGGGUUGAACAGUGACGGUGGAGACACGAGUAGACCAGUCCUUCUUCACAUCUUCUCGCACGGGGGCAGUAAUAUCGGCACGCAGCUUAUGCGCUCGAUCCGAGACGACAGCGUCGCCAAGCACGACCGGCUCGUCUCCGCACUGAGACUGGUGAUCUUCGACUGCUGUCCCGGCGACAGCGCGUUUAUCCGACAGUACAAUGCCGCAGCCGUAUCUCUGCCUCCGGCAACAACUUAUCCAAUCCGGAAUCUCCUCGGCAGGGCCGUUCUGUACCCAAGUAUCGGCCUGCUCUCCAUACUGCAGGCUGCCGGGGUGAUGAGUGAUGUUGAGGGUUUGAGAGCAGAGUUAAAUGAUCCGGGGUUAUUUGGAAUUCCGGCGCGGAGGCUCUAUGUUUAUUCUGUCGAGGACGAGAUGGUGAGGUGGGAGGAUGUCGAGAGGCAUAUGGAGGAUGGGAGAGGACGCGGGUUUCUGGUUCAGGGGGAGAAGUUUGGGAAAGGGGAGCAUUGUGCGCUUGUUAUGCUUGACGAAGUGAGGUAUUGGGAGUCAAUUCGGAGGGCUUGGGAGGGGGAAGAAGAGAGGCCGGCGAGGGAGAGUCGAUUGUAGAUGGCGAGAUCUAGUCGACAGACCCGUUAGGACAGGAGCGACCACGCCCGCGGCGAACCUGAGGGUCUGUGAGUAUCGCCGCACUUUUCUCGCCUGAUUGUCCCCUGCUUCAGGACGGUUACUGCUCCUGGCUCAUGGAAGGCUACUGGCGUCAAAGAUGGAAACAUCACGGGAUCUCGAUCCGGCGCUCACAUUCGAGUUCGGGCUCUUCGCCUCCCAGUCCGCAAAUAUCUCCUUCUCAUCCAUCAUCCACAUUCCCAAACGACCAUCCGAAUCUCAUCAAACCACCGAAAACCGUCCUCACAAUGUCUGAAGCUGCUCCUUCAGAAGCCGCUACCGUCCUCAGAACAAAGGUCCCAAAUAUCCCAUCAGAAAUCAGAGCUUUGGAGGCCGCUAGAGUCCAGCUCCACGAGCAAACACUCUCCGCAGAUGAUCACAAGCCGAGCCAAUCAAAGUCAACGCAAACAUUACGCGCCGAGUGAAGGAAUGGGUCGCGGGCACGAAGUGGAAAGGGUUGAUAGAGCAAGAUUUGGAUAACGAACGACACCGCUACGGCUCUCUCGAUGAUGAUGAUGCCUACAAUGCUUUGUUUGAGCGGAGACUAGAGACGAUCUCGCGCUGGAGAUUCGAGCGGCGACUUUUUGAGAAUGUAAUGUGUGCGCGGCGACGAAAAACAUGUUUGGUGCCCGGUUUGGCAUCUCCCAUCUUCGACUAUGCGCUAUAGAAGCGGUGUCAGUUUCUUUCAGCUAGUCCCACCACAGUUAAGGAGUAUUGCAGCAUACAUGUUUGAUGUAGAGGAGCUGCCGCUCCAGAACUAUGCCGGAUGUAACUUGAGUCUCAGGCUUUUCGAGCGUCAAAGCUAUCCACCAACGUGUACAAUAGACCUUCCUAUUAUCGGUGAAACCAAAGUUCUCGUGGAGAGUGGCCAACUCGUGAUUCUCUCCAUCGUAUCCGAUCCGCCUACAGAAGGACCAUCGAGAUAGAAGAGUGUACUUGUCGCUGGGAGUGAAGAUGAAAUGUGGACCGAAUGGCCGCAUUCAACAUUCGUAAUCUCGACGUACCCAUUCGGACCAUGGCUGCGUCGUCUCAUGG